AUGGAUGCAUCAUCUACAAAGCUACCAAUUCAUGAACAUCCUUUGGCCUCGUCAGCUAGAUUUCAUGGUCAUUGUCAAGGCUGCGGUAAAUCGGGUAACUACUACGGAGGCUAUCUCUGUAACGAUCCCGAGUGCCGCGUUGUCAUGUUCCACAAGGAAUGCGCAGAAUCACCAUUAGAGAUCAACCAUCCUUCCCACCCGGAACAUCCUCUCCUACUCACACAAAAUCCUCCAAGAAGUAAGUGUGAUUUGUGCGGCAAAUAUCUCUUCGUUCACGACUUUCCCUAUUUCUAUCAUUGUUCCAUAUGCGACUUCAACGUUGACACAUCAUGUGCCAGGAAACCACCACUUCCGCUACAUCAUCCUGAUCCCCAAGAACCUCCAUUUUUCUUAAUAAAAGAGAAUCAAAGUCAAAAACUGUGCAGAGUCUGUGAGCAACCAGUUUGUGGUAAAUAUCAUUAUGGACGUCCUUCUUGUGAUGAGUACGUUCACUUGGAGUGCGUCGACGUCGCGGAGAAAGUAAAACAUCUUCCUUUUCACCCUGAUCAUCCUCUUGAGUACACCACAUCUACAUAUGGCGAAGACCAGAAGUCAUGCAUUUUAUGUGGAGUGACAUUGGAAGGUGUCUUAUACCAUUGCUCGACAUGUGACUUCAGCAUGUGCCUAGGUUGUGUGAUAACUCCCCCACCUCUUGUUAUUGAGCAUCCCAAGACUCAUGAGCAUCAGCUUACCCUCUCAACGAGACAGAUCUCGUUUACUUGUAAUGUUUGCGGCGUGCCUGACAACCGAAGCUCUUAUUCAUGUCUUCCAUGUGGUUUUACGGUCCAUCGAAGUUGUAUUGAUAUGCCGCAAGUCAUAAUCAUCAAUCGUCACAAUCAUCGCCUCUCUUACACGAAUCAUCUUGGUCCAGGGUUUUCGGACUGCGGAGUUUGUCGUCGACCCGUGGAUCAGUUACGUGGGGCUUAUUCUUGCUCCAUUUGUCCCACGUAUGCUGUUCAUUCAAAAUGCGCAACAACCAUCCGAGUAUGGGAUGGGAUAAACCUCGAAGGGAUACCCGAGGAAAUUGAAGAUCUUCCAUUCAAGGUGGUUGGUGAUGAUAACAUGAUGAUAAACCAUUUCAGUCAUGAGGAGCAUAACUUAAGGCUUACUAGCGAAAACGUUAUUUCUGAUGAAACCACGCUAUGUGCAGCAUGUGUCUAUCCUCUCAACGACUCUGGUCCAAUAUAUAGUUGUGUGGAAUGUGAUUAUUUUCUGCAUGAAAAAUGUGCAAAUCUCCCUAUGAAGAUACAACACGUAUCGUACAGUGGACAAUUUGUCCUACAUGCGAGCGGAGGUGAAGGUCCCGAAGGUGAUUUGUUUGAUUGUCUCGUUUGUGACAAAACAUCGACUGGUUUCAGGUACACGUAUGACGUUUUCAAUCUCGAUGUGCAUUGCAGUUCAGUUUCUGAACCAUUUGUCUAUGAUGGCCAUUUACAUCCCUUAUAUUAUGAACCCGAAGCAAGCAUCACCACAUGUGACACAUGUCAAAACACAGUGUUCUAUCAUGUGCUCAAGUGUGAUGUUUGUGAGUUUAGUGUGGAUUUUUCUUGUGCAACUUUGCCUAAAGCAUAA